ACAGCAAGCUUUUAAGGAUGUUAUUAGAAAAGAGAAGGAAAUGGAUGGCACUGAAAGUAUGCGGAGGAGAUUUGACAAACACGGCGAAUUAGGGGUGUAGUCUUCUCGAUGAAGAAGAAGUAGAAGAAGAAACAAUUAUUAAUAACAAGAAGACUAUCAACAGAAGGGAUAAACUUUGCUAAACAAUACUGCAACAAGAAAAAGUACAACUUUGCACGACGACUCAUUCUACUGUCUCUUUGGAAGCAACAAGUGAAGAGUAAACAAUCGACAAAAAAAACAAAAAAAAAAACAAGAAGAGAUACUGUAAGUGACCUAUGAAACGUCCUCUAGAAAAUGGCUACAGCUGAUCCAGUCCCUACCGAGGGAGCUUUCUCCAAUAGACCUGCUGGAACUCUAAGGAUGGCGUCUGUUGAAGGCCAGACCUCUUUGAGUUCAUCACAGACCAAUAAGAGAACCAUCGGUCAUCGUGGGAUUGACCCUACAGGGGAGACGACAUACAAAAAGACAACUUCAUCUGCCCUGAAAGGUGCGAUCCAGCUGGGCAUUGCACACACUGUGGGCAGUUUGAGCCAGAAGCCAGAGAGAGAUGUUCUCAUGCAGGACUUUGAAGUAGUGGAGAGUAUUUUCUUUCCCAGUGAGGGCAGUAAUUUAACUCCUGGACACCACCAUGGCGACUUCAGGUUUAAAACCUAUGCCCCAAUUGCCUUCCGCUACUUCAGAGAGAUGUUUGGAAUACGGUCUGAUGACUACCUUUAUUCUCUGUGUAACGAUCCCCUGAUAGAGCUGUCAAACCCCGGAGCCAGCGGGUCUGUCUUUUAUGUCUCCAGUGAUGAUGAGUUCAUCAUUAAAACUGUCCAGCACAAGGAGGCAGAGUUCCUGCAAAAAUUACUGCCUGGGUACUUCAUGAACCUCAACCAAAACAAGCGUACACUUCUGCCAAAGUUCUAUGGCCUCUACUGCAUACAGGCUGCAGGGAAGAACAUCCGCAUUGUGGUAAUGAACAACUUGCUGCCACGCGCUGUGCCCAUGCACCUUAAAUAUGACCUGAAGGGCUCCACAUACAAGCGUCGUGCCUCACCUAAAGAGAGAAUAAAGAGUGUCCCCACCUAUAAAGACUUGGACUUCAUCCAGGACCUGCCCGAGGGCCUAGUACUGGAGACAGAUCAUUACAAUGCACUAUGCAAGACCAUCCAACGAGACUGCCUGUUGCUGCAGAGCUUUAAGAUCAUGGACUACAGUCUACUCGUGGGGAUUCACAAUGUGGACCGGGUGUCAGGAGAAGAGGCAUCUGUGCCAGUGCAUGAUCAGAAGAAAAAUCAGGGCCAGAAGCCCCUCUACUGCACAACCAUGGAGGCAAUUCAGGGAGAAGUCAAGGGCAAGAGUGCACCACAGUGCACUGAGAGCACGGGAGGAAUGCCAGCACAUAGCCCAAAGGGGGAGAGGCUGCUGAUCUUUAUUGGUAUCAUUGACAUCCUCCAGUCCUACAGGUUUGUGAAAAAGUUGGAGCACUCGUGGAAAGCCUUGGUUCAUGAUGGGGACACAGUGUCAGUACACAGGCCUGGCUUCUAUGCAGAACGCUUCCAGAAGUUCAUGUGCAAUACCGUUUUCAGGAAAUCUUCACUUAAAAUGUCCCCUUCUAAGAAAAUGCGUGGAGUCACUGCAGGGCAACGCAAAGGAAACAUUGCAGUGGCUGGACAUAGCCAGCAGGGUCAGCCGCUGGUUAUGGCAGCGCACACAAAUGCAGAACAAACUCAACCAGACGAAGAGUCGACUCCGAUACAUAUCGACAAUGCCGUGUCUCCUACCUCAGAGACACCAGGAAGUGGAGAAAACGACCCUAGCCCUGACCUCAUUACUAGCCCUCUUGCAAGUGACUUAGCUGAUGCAACACUCUCAAGAGAGGAAUAGCGGAAGAUAAAUUGUGCUAAAAAGGAAAAGUGAUAUACUGCUUUAAAGAAGACAAUGUUUUUUUUGGACUGACAUCAGCAGACAUAACAUGAGAAAAAGGCAGAUACAGAAAGUACUUUACACUGCAGCGAAGCACACACAAGCUGCACAAAGAUGUUCCACGGGUGACUUCUGCAUCAACGGUUGCUGCUAAAAGACAUGAAAAGUAAGAUGUGUGUUAGGAAUUCCAGACACAUUCAGAACGUACCAAAUAUGAAUCGUUGAAAUCGUUUUAAAAUAAAAUUUAAAAUUUUGUGCCUCUACACUUUAUGCAAAAUUAUAUAGGAAGUUGUUUGUUUUUUUAUGAACAUGGUUUAACACUGAGCCUUAAAGGUUCCCUUGCUAGGAAAAAGGAGAGGGGAAACUAACCGCUGUGAUUUAACAGUUCCACUAGCAGAGGUUUGUUGUUGUUGUUUUUAAGUAUUUAGAAUUAAGUUUUUUUUUUUUUUUUACUUUUCAGACUCUGUAAAUGUAGACUGUGAAAAAGGCAGGGUACAUGUGCCAAUGUAACCAAGACAAAGUCAACUUACUAAGAAAAUGUUGCGUAGAGGUGCAGGAUUAAGAAAAGUGUACAAUAUGUGAAGAACAAAACAUAUAUCAUGGUUUCUGACACACACUAUGUAUGUCAAUAUUAAAAUUAUUUAACAAAAUCAAACAAAAUAGUAGCCGCAAAGUUGUGGUGAUCUUAAGCCCCAGCAGAUCUUAUUUAAUCCUAACCAGAAGACCCAGAGUUAGUGUUGUUAAGUGAAAGAAAUAGUAUGUGACUUUAACCGAUCAGUAUAUUAUUCCAGUGCUUGCUGGAUAAAACGUGUAUGUUUUCUCAUCUAUUUGAGUUUUUUCUCAUUAAUAUGCCUACUUCAGCUUUUUAGAUAUAAUUGCAUGCAAAUAAUAAAAACAUCUUUCCGACUGUGUUUAAUUGUGAUCAAAAUCGGGUGUGAUUUGGCAUGUGUAAAUGGUACAUGAAUAAUGUUGGCAUUAAGUACGUUACAUUUACUUUGUAUAAUUAUUAUAUAUUGUCAUUUUUUGAAUUGUUUAUUAAAAUGCUAUCAAAAUUUAGGUUUAAUAGGCAUAUGUAAAUACUAGGGUUGGUUUAAAAUCUGGUACAGUGGGCCUCAUUUAUCAAUCUGGAAACUAACAGAUUUAUUAGUGAACCAUUAGUACAAGCAUUUAAACAAGUCAUUUUUGUAUUUGUGAAAAUCCUGUAAUUUCCAAGAAACGUUUAUAUAAAACUCAUGGUCCUAAA